UUUUUUUCGUCUCAUUUUUUAACGUUUUUAAAAUUGUUAAAACAAUUCGCGAACUUUUUGGUGGCCCGGCGGCAAUUGUGAGUGCAUAAAUAAUAUCGUACUGCAAUGGAAUAGGCCCCAUUAGCGUCGCGUGUGUGUGCAAGAGUUUGUGCGUGUAAGCGCUCGCGGGGGCAGCCAAGAAAACGGAACACAAAACCAAAACAAACGCAGCGUGUGACUUUGCGAAUUGCGAAUGUCUUUGCAAGGCGAUGCUGCUCGCAAAAUCUCGCCCAGCACCGCGUAAAUGGCAAAGCACAAAAUAACAACAAAAAGAGCGGCAGUAGUAACAACAAUAACAACAACAAAAGUUUGAGUGUCACAAUUUUCUUUUGCAUUAUUAUUAACACUCCCCCGCGCUCUCUCUCGCUCGGAAAGAGUGAUUUUGGCUGGCAAUCUCUCUCCCUCGCCUUCAGCACUGUGUGUGCGGCUCAGAAAGCCGCAAGGAGCAACACGAGGCCGGAAUUUUAAUCAGGCCGCAGAAUGCAGUCGGAAAGGUUUGGACGCGAGUGCAAAACAACGGCACACUAAUUGUGGCCAGGAACACGUCCAGGACGAGGACCAACCAGGGACCUGGACCAGGGCCAUGGCGUCAUUUGUAUGCAACCGGGGAAAUUCUGCGACAGUUACACAGGCGACCACGGAAGUGCCGAGCAGCGGCUAAACGGAAGCCAGAAUACAACCAGAAAAUAAGCAACUAGGGUACCAACGACGCACCACACCAACACAGCAGAGAGUUAAGCAAAGGACACUCAUAAAUUGAAGUCGAUUCCACAACGCAGUCAGGAUGAUGAGCGCCGGAGGAACAUACAUUUCCACCGCCAGCGUGGAGGUGCCCCAAGCUCUGCAGGACGGCGACAAGUUCAUUCGCUGGGACGAUGACUCGGGCACUGGAACGCCGGUUACGAUGCGCGUGGAUGCCAAGGGCUUCUUCCUCUACUGGAUCGACCAGAACAAUGAGUUGGACAUCCUUGAUAUAGCCACCAUUCGCGAUGUACGAACGGGACAGUAUGCCAAGCGGCCCAAGGACAACAAGCUGCGCCAAAUUGUGACCCUGGGGCAGCAGGACACGCUGGAGGAGAAGACGGUGACGGUCUGUCACGGUUCCGAUUUCGUCAAUAUGACGUUUGUCAACUUUUGCUGCACCCGACGGGACAUUGCCCAGCUCUGGUCCGAUGGCCUCAUCAAGCUGGCCUACAGCCUGGCCCAGCUCAAUGGCUCGGCGAUUAUGUUCCUGCAGAAGGCCCACACCAAGCUCUGCCUGCAGGUGGACAAGACUGGACGCAUACCAGUGAAAAACAUCAUAAAACUUUUCGCCCAGAACAAGGAGGAUCGGAAACGUGUCGAGAAGGCGCUGGACGUGACCGGGUUGCCUUCGGGAAAGGUCGAUAGCAUAUCGGUGUCGAAAUUUCAAUUCGAGGACUUUUACAAUUUGUACAAAUGCCUCACGCAGCGGUCGGAGGUGGAGCGGCUAUUUGACAGCAUCGUUGGCAACUCGAAGCGCAAGUGCAUGUCCAUUGCCCAGCUGGUGGAGUUCCUCAACAAGACGCAGCGUGAUCCCCGCCUGAACGAGAUCCUGUAUCCCUAUGCGAAUCCUGCUCGGGCCAAGGAGCUCAUCCAGCAGUAUGAGCCCAACAAGUUCAAUGCACAAAAGGGCCAGCUCAGUUUGGAUGGCUUUUUGAGGUACCUCAUGGGUGAUGACAACCCCAUCAUGGCUCCCAACAAGCUCGAUCUCUGCGACGAUAUGGACCAGCCGUUGUCGCAUUACUUCAUCAACUCCUCGCACAACACCUACCUGACGGGCCAUCAGCUGACGGGCAAGUCCUCCGUGGAGAUAUACAGGCAGUGCCUCCUGGCAGGAUGCAGAUGCGUCGAGCUGGACUUUUGGAACGGACGCACCGAGGAGCCGGUCAUCGUCCACGGCUACACCUUCGUCCCGGAGAUAUUCGCCAAGGAUGUGCUGGAGGCCAUCGCAGAGAGUGCAUUUAAAACAUCCGAAUACCCUGUGAUAUUGAGCUUUGAAAAUCACUGCAACCCAAGGCAACAGGCGAAAAUUGCCAACUAUUGCCGCGAAAUAUUUGGCGAUAUGCUGCUCGACAAGCCAAUGGACUCCCAUCCCCUGGAACCCAAUGUGGACCUGCCACCGCCUGCCAUGCUGCGUCGAAAGAUCAUCAUCAAGAACAAGAAGAAGCACCAUCAUCACCAUCACCAUCACCACCACAAGAAGCCGGCACAGGUGGGAACGCCGGCAGCCAACAACAAACUGAUGACGGCCAACUCAGUGGAUGCAGCGGCCAAGGCGGCGCAACAGGUGGCUGCCCAUGAGGAUGGGGCCAGGAGCACGGCCAAUGGGGACAUCGGCGGUGCUACGGGACAUGCUCCGCCAUUGCAACAAAUCCGCCAGAGCUCCAAGGACAGCACCGGAUCAUCCGACUCGGAUAGCUCCUCGGAUGAUGAAUCCCUGCCCAACACCACGCCCAAUCCACCCAGCGGUAAUGAACCGCCGCCGGAGAAGGCCCAAAAGGAGACGGAGGCCGGAGCAGAGAUCUCCGCUUUGGUCAACUACGUUCAGCCCAUACACUUUAGCUCCUUUGAGAAUGCAGAGAAGAAAAACCGUUGCUAUGAAAUGUCCUCAUUCGACGAGAAGCAGGCCACAACGCUGCUCAAGGAACGACCCAUCGAGUUUGUGAACUACAACAAGCACCAACUGUCCCGUGUGUAUCCGGCGGGCACUCGCUUCGACAGCUCCAACUUUAUGCCGCAGCUGUUCUGGAACGCCGGCUGCCAGCUGGUGGCCCUCAAUUUCCAGACCCUCGACCUGGCCAUGCAACUCAACCUGGGCAUCUUCGAAUACAAUGCCCGCUCCGGCUACCUACUCAAGCCGGAGUUCAUGCGUCGCUCGGAUCGGCGACUGGAUCCCUUCGCCGAGAGCACUGUGGAUGGCAUCAUAGCGGGCACGGUUUCGAUUACGGUUCUCUCCGGCCAGUUUCUCACGGACAAAAGGGUAAACACCUUCGUGGAGGUGGACAUGUACGGACUGCCGGCUGAUACGGUGCGCAAGAAGUUCCGCACCAAGACGGUGCGUGACAAUGGCAUGAAUCCGGUCUACGACGAAGAGCCCUUUGUGUUUAAGAAGGUGGUUCUCCCAGAGUUGGCGAGCAUAAGGAUUGCGGCUUACGAGGAGGGAGGCAAACUGAUUGGACAUCGCGUGCUGCCCGUAAUUGGUCUCUGCCCGGGCUACCGCCAUGUGAAUCUCCGCUCUGAGGUAGGCCAGCCCAUAGCCCUGGCCUCGCUCUUCCUGUGCGUGGUGGUCAAAGACUACGUGCCCGACGAUCUCUCCAACUUUGCCGAGGCCCUGGCCAAUCCGAUCAAGUACCAGAGCGAGCUGGAGAAACGCGACAUCCAGCUGUCCGUGUUGACGGAUGACGAUGCGGUGGGCAAUGCGGACGAGGACCUCUCCAAGUCGUUCGUUUUCGUCCAAGUAGGUGGCCAGAAGAAGGAGCUGCGUCCGGUGGAGUCGCUAGCCACCUCGCCCAAGCACAGGGCCAGCAUCUCGGCGGCCGCUGCGAUGAGUGUGGAAUGUGUGCCCAUGGAUCGCACGGAUGGCGGACGAGGGGAUCAGGACUGCGUCUCCAUAGUGGCUCCCUCCAUCCAGCAUCAGCACUCUCUGGACCAGUCUGUCAGCACCUCCAUACGGCAGGUAGAGUCAUCGCAGUUCGAUGUGGACCUGGUGGUGGCCGAGCCGCUGGACAAGAUACUGGAGCACAAGAGUGUCAAGGAAAAACGGCUGGAGAUGGAGAAGAAGCUGGAGUCGCUGCGCAAGAAGCACGACAAGGAGAAGGUCAAGAUCGCUGGCCAGAAGUCCAGUCCCCUGGAGGGCAAGAAGCCCAAGUUUGCCAUCACCAACAAGCUGGUGAAGCGGCUGAGCAACAAGAGUCUUAAUUGCCUCUCUCCGAACAGUGAGCCCGGUGUGGAGGUGCCCGCCUGUCCCCUGGAUCUGGGCGACAGCAGCGAGGAGAGUGCAGGCGCGGGUGAGGAUCUGGCUGGAGGAAGCAGUAACUCUAACCAAGAUGGAGGCACCCAGGAGACGCGUUUGCGCAGUGCCUGUCGGGAGUACACAUCACAGUAUCGGGAGCUGCAGGAGAAGUAUCAUGAGGCCAUCUACAGUGCCGCCGACAAGGUGCUCAAAGCCUCCCAGACGGCGCAGGUGAAGCAGCUGAAGGCCUCCCUCGACAAGGUCACCGGCGAGGUGAUGCACCAGCUGCAGGAGGCGCGACGCAACGAGGUCAAGAAUCUGGCCACGGUGCAUCGGGAUCGAGAUGAGCUAGUCAGAAUGAAACGCGAGGUGGCCAGCUCUGUGGUGGAACGAGGCGUGGCGGAGCGAGUGCGUCUGAAGCAGACCUUCGAACGGCGGACGGAUGAGCUGCUCAAGCAGCAUGAGUCGGUGCGCAAUGCCCUGGUGGAUCAUCGCUCCAAGGCUCGUCAAAUCCUUGACAAGGACGCAGAGUCGCGCAGCUGUGUCUCUAGCAGUGGCUUCCUGGUGCUCUUCCAUGGACCCCAUCACCAUGGCUGCUCGGGCUCCGGCUCCGGCUCGGCGGCCAAUAAUCUCACCCUGAAUCUGGAGGCAGGUGCUGCCGGAGGCCUCUCCGGCAUCUCGCCAGCCAAGUCGCAUAACAGCAUUGCGGCAGGAUCGGAGAUGAAAACGUAAAGGGGCUUCGGUCCCCCAAAAACCUAGGAUUAGUUGUGGUUCUACAAGUUGUUAGUCUUCAGUAUUUGCAAGCAGAAACAUAGAAAUGAGAAAGUCUUCGUAGAUCUUAAGCAGCGAGGCGCAGUCCCUGCCCUCCACCCCUCUUUGGACAGGAACUGACCUCGACCUCGACCUUGGCCUCGGCCUCGGUCCAAGUGUAAUCCAAGCGAAUCGCGUUUUCUAACUGAACAAACUAGUUGUAACUCUCUCGCAUGUACGAUGUACUUUGUAGUCAAACUGUUGACGUACUUCGCAGUAUCGGUGUACUAUAUAUAUAUAUCUAUAUAACUAUAUCUACAUAAUGGUGAAGCCCCAACAAACCAUACGGUUUCUUCCUAUUCGAACUUCGCUGAAACUCUGAGUGUCUAAUUAAGCAGCAGCAGAUCUAAGUACAUAAUUUAUUGUCUAUACGAACGGGGAGGUGCUCCCAGCGAGUGCUCCGCUUUAUCUAAUGCUAAUUGUGGUUGUGUGUAUUACUCUUUUAAAUUUUACAAUUUACAUCUAAUUUAUACGAUUAGUUUAAGGCUCUCCUCGCACAAAGCAAACGCUGCAGCAGCUGUGCGACAAUGAAUCUCUAAAGCGAAUGCUAAGCAGUCUAGGCCAACACUUAGUCAAUUAUUAUUUUUCGGUUGGUUGCUAUAUUUAUUCUCGAUUGUUUUCAUAGUCACUACUCUUACUUACGUUUAUUUAGUUCUUACGGAAACUCCAAUAAAAGUCUAUCGAAUUGUUUUCCCCCUGCGAUCUUUUUACCGCACCUGUAUGCCACGCACAAACACAAACAAACGCACACACACACAGACGACGUCGCACACAACCUACAACACCAAAAAGAAAAGUGUCCAAAGAAACCAAAAAAAAAAA